AUGAGUUCAAAUCCUCUUGUUUUGAAGUUUAGCCAGAACACAAGGGCACGGGAAAAAAGAAUUGCAAGAGAGCAGCCUGUCAAAUUGCAACCAUUGCCUAUAUUGAAGAACUUUCAAGAUCGCAGUCAGCCAGAAUACAUCUAUGCAAAGAAUAGAGAGCAGUUGAUAAAAGGAGGAUGGCGUCCACCCAGCGCACCAACAAAACGUUCACUACCUGCAGUAGAUUUAGCUAAACCUUUCCAACGUCUGCCAGAGCUCCCAACUGAUGUGACAAAGAAACAGAUUGACAUGGACACAUGUAUACUGCCACCCCCACCAUCACCUUCACUUGCUCUGUGUAGAACAAGUUCAUGCAUGAGAAUGAUUUCACCUCCAGAACUGACAUAUAGUACAGCAGAAGAUGUCAUCAAGGAGAACAUUCAAGAUCCUUUAAAAAUCAUUUCAAUCAUUCGGAAGAAUAAGCAUCUGGGAUUUUUCUACAUGAGCUAUAAUGCUCCUAAAAACUCAAUUAAAUAUGAUUUUUAUAAUUUGAGUGUCGUUGCCUAUGAGGAUGUCAACAUGAAUGACUACUAUACCAUCAGCCAGUGUGGUGUUCUGCACAUGAAAAGUGAGGGUAUUGAUUUUAUAGACCUCGACCGUUGGGAACAAGAAUACUUGUAUCAUAAGAAAAUUACAAAGAUUCCAGUCUUUGCACUUUUUCGUAAAUGGAAGGCCUUUACUGUUUGGCGAAAAAAUGUACGUUCCAAGAAAAUCAACAGCUGUCGCAGAGCAUUGCAGGAGAACCUGUUCAUUGUGAACCCAUCCUUGAGGCCUGCACUUCUCAAUAUCAGAGAUAUGUGUUACCGCAUUAGUGACAUGGCUCUAUGUAAAAUUAAGAAAGGGCACACGUAUACCCUGGAAGAGUUCAAGACAAUUCAAUCUCAACAGCUUAGUGAGGGUUCUGAGCGGCUGGCUCAAUUCAGGAAAAUUGCACAACAGACUGUCAAAAUUGCCUGCUGCACAGCCCUACUGGAAGCUGGAUUUAUACCAGAUGAUUAUUUGUCUGAGAUGCAGAGUGCAGCCUUCUUAGGUAGAGAAUUUCGUGAAUGUUUUGAAGAGGUAACCAAGUGUAGUGAAGAGGACAGUGCAGUAGAUGCGACUUACAGGGACUUCUAUAGGGCCUUUGGCAGUAAGGCUCUGGAUUUCAAAAUUGGUGAGCCUGAUAUUUUGCAUUCCAAUAUUGCCAUUGAGAUCCUUACAGAAUCAUCUGACAAAAUAAACUAUACAGGACAAGCAAACAAGAGGUCUCACUGCAGGCGGUUAACCUGCUUCAUUCGGCUUACAGAUUAUCUCAUAGUCAACACAUUGCACAUCCUUGCAGUAAAUUCCAUCACAAUCUUGUAUAAUCAACUAGCAGAGAAGCUGAAGCAUAUUCCAGAGGAAGAACUAAUUAGAAUUUGGAGCACGAAUGAGCAAGAAAAAGAAAAUGAGUUGGAAAAGAAGGAUAAAGCUCUUCAAGAUGAAGAACUUGCUUUAACACCAAUGUUUAUUGUAGACAUGAUGUUACUUUAUAAUGAGUUGCUGUUUCGGCCUGCCUUGGGCGAAUUUGAGGUUGGGAUUUCAGAUAUUGUCCUACAAAUGCAGGCAGUCGUUCUCUCCAUAACCAAUCUUGUCUCCGAUUCAUAUUUUAAUGCCUUUACCAGUCCAAUUAUCAAUAAAAAGGUUGAAGAAAAAAUUUGCGGUGAGGGACCAAACCUGGCAGAGAUCCUUGAAGAUGAUAAGUACAUGGUGGAAACCAUCCAGAAAAUAAUGGAAUGUAUUGAGGAAGGAUAUCGUGCAGCAUUUACAUUUGCAGAAAUGUUUGAAACAUUUCGGUUAUGCUAUCAAGAAAAUGAAAGUCUCAAUUUGGAAGCUAUUAAGAAGGAGGAUCAUGACAUCUACUUCUUUGUGAGUUGGCUGGAGAAAUACCACAAAGAACAUGAGGAUGCAGUCAGCAUUAAGCAGAAUAAAAACUUAGGAUUGUUGUUGAUCGAUAACACCUCUCUGAAGAAGACUCUAAUUCCUUCACCUCUGCUGUGUCUGGAGGCUAUUAAUGGUAUACUUCCAGUUAUUGCCAAGAAGAAAACAGAUGCUAUUAUUCGUGAAGCACAAGAUGCUGAAUUUAAACUCGAAGUCAUUCCAACUGCUACCAUGGAGUAUGUGAACAAUUUGCUAUUCCUUGAUGAGAUGCAAGAUAGGAUUGAAGUCUUGGAAGAAGAAUCGAGUAUUGUUGUCAUGAUGUAUCAGCUCAUUGAAAAGUACAAGAUUGCCACACCUCCUGAGGAUCUUGCUGUAUUUGCAACUCUGAAACCUUCAAUAUCUUCAGUUCGCACUGUAAUUGACAGAGCUGUAAAUGAAAGAGAAGGAAUAUUUCCAAAUUAUGCCACGUCUGAUAAAGAUAUUGAAGUGCUGAAUGAGGAAGUCAGAACAGUAUGGUUGCAAGUGCAGGAUCCUCAGAUUCUGGAUAUCAACUCUGACAGAGAAAAGGUGCAAACCAUUCUGGAUGACCUACAGAGAGUCAUGGAUGAACUACAAAAACGUGCAUUUGAAUAUAAGUCCUAUCAAAAGAACUUCAAGGUAGAAAUAACCAAAUUUGAUUUGCUGGAAGAAGUUCAUGCUGAUAUGAAACUGAAAAAUCUUCUUUGGAAGUCCCUAAAUGACUGGGAUCGUCACACAGAUGAAUGGUUGCAGUUUAGAUUUGAAACCAUAGAUGCAGAACAAUUAAGUGGUGAAGUAACUAAGUACAGCAAAAUUGUGAGUCAACUGGAAAAAGGUCUUCCACAAAAUACUGUUGUGGCAAAACUGAAAGAUAAUGUGGACCAGAUGAGACAAAAGCUUCCUGUAAUCACUGAUUUAAGGAACCCCUUCCUGAAGCACAGACACUGGGAGUUAAUGGAACACAUUAUUGGUGCCAAAUUAGUUGAUGUUCUUGAACCUGUAACUCUAGCUCAACUAAUAGAACUUAAUGCUUUUGAACAUUCUGAGGAAAUACAGAAUGUGUCAGGCCAGGCCUCUGGUGAAGCUGCUUUGGAGACAAUAUUGAAAAAGGUGGAAGAUGCCUGGAAAAUUACUGAGUUUAUUGUCCUUCCUCAUCGGGAUGCCAAAGAUAUUUUCAUUCUUGGCGGGACUGAUGAAAUUCAGGCUUUGCUGGAUGACAGCAUUAUCAAUGUAUCAACUAUAGCCUCAUCACGUUAUGUUGGUCCUAUUAGAAGCCGUGUUGAUGAGUGGCAAAGACUUCUAUCACUCUUCAAUGAAACUUUGGACCAAUGGCUGAUGUGUCAGCGAAAUUGGUUGUACCUGGAAAGUAUUUUUUCUGCUCCAGACAUUCAACGUCAGCUGCCUGCAGAGGCCAGGAUGUUCACUCAAGUGGAUAAGUCCUGGAAGGAAAUCAUGAGAAGAGUAAACCGCCUACCCAAUGCUCUGAGAGCAGCUACUCAACCUGGUGUUUUGGAAGCUUUCCAGAAUAACAAUGUAUUAUUAGAGCAGAUUCUAAAGUGUCUGGAGGCCUACCUUGAGUCUAAACGAGUGAUCUUCCCCAGGUUUUACUUUCUGUCUAAUGAUGAGUUACUGGAGAUUCUAGCACAGACACGCAAUCCACAAGCUGUCCAGCCACAUCUGCGCAAGUGUUUUGAUGCAAUUUCAAGACUGGAGUUUGCACUAGCUCCCCAGGGUGAGGAAAGAACAGCUGAGGGAGAACCUGAGAAGGUGUACACCAAUGAUAUCUUGGCUAUGAUCUCUCCUGAAGGAGAAAAAGUUGGUUUGGGGAAAGGACUUAAGGCUAGAGGCAAUGUAGAGGAUUGGCUUGGAAAGGUAGAAGAAGCUAUGUUCUCAUCACUCCGUCGUUUGUGCAAAGCUGCAAUCGCUGAUUAUCAAACUCAACCCAGAGUGGAAUGGGUGGUGUCUGGGCAUCCUUCUCAGGUUAUAUUGACCAUUUCACAGCUAAUGUGGUGUCGUGAUUUGCACCAUUGUCUGGAGGCUGAUGGCCAGGAUCACAUUACAGCUAUGAUUGACUUUGAAAAAACUAACUUUGAGAGACUAAAUGCUCUGGCUGCAUUGGUACGAGGGAAGCUCUUAACUCUUCACCGGAGCAUUGUAACUGCUCUCAUAACCAUUGAUGUUCAUGCAAGAGACAUUGUUACUGAACUAGUUAAAGAAAAGGUGGACACUAUAAAUAACUUUGAGUGGCAGAGACAAUUGCGCUAUUACUGGGAUCUUGAUGCAGACAACUGUAUAGCUAUGAUGGCCUUAUCCAACUACACAUAUGGCUAUGAGUAUCUUGGAGCAUCCCCUCGGCUGGUCAUUACACCACUUACUGAUCGUUGUUAUCUCUGCCUCAUGGGAGCUCUACAGCUUGAUCUAGGAGGAGCUCCAGCUGGCCCUGCUGGUACUGGUAAAACAGAAACUACCAAAGACCUUGCUAAGGCUUUAGCCAUCCAAUGUGUGGUCUUUAAUUGCUCUGAAGGAUUAGAUUAUAAGAUGAUGGGACGAUUCUUCAGUGGUUUAGCCCAGUCAGGAGCCUGGUGUUGCUUUGAUGAGUUCAACCGGAUUGAUAUUGAAGUACUCUCUGUCAUUGCACAGCAACUCAUCACAAUCCGAACUGCUAAAGCGGCAAAGCUCUCUCGUUUCAUGUUUGAAGGCAGAGAAAUCAAGUUGGUCAUGUCUUGUGCAGCAUUCAUCACUAUGAACCCUGGUUAUGCUGGAAGAACAGAACUACCAGACAAUCUAAAAGCUCUUUUUAGACCUAUUGCAAUGAUGGUUCCAAACUAUGCCCUUAUUGCUGAGGUCAUUUUGUACUCAGAAGGUUUUGAAUCUAGCAAAGUUUUGGCCAGAAAGAUGACCCAGAUGUACAAACUAUGUAGUGAACAGCUCUCCCAGCAGGAUCAUUAUGACUUUGGCAUGAGAGCAGUCAAAUCUGUGCUUGUCAUGGCAGGGUCACUGAAGAGGGAGAAUCCAGACCUGAAUGAGGAUGUUGUGCUGAUCAGAGCAUUAAGAGACUCCAAUCUACCAAAAUUUCUGACAGACGAUGCACUGCUUUUUGGUGGAAUCCUUUCAGACUUAUUUCCGGGAGUUGUUAUUCCGGAUCAUGAUUAUGGUUCUUUCCAACAAACAACUAUUGAUGUCAUGCUUAACCGGGGUCUGCAAGCUGUCCCGGCAAUGAUUGUCAAGGUGAUACAGUUGUAUGAAACCAUGAUUGUACGGCAUGGUGUUAUGCUGGUUGGGCCUACAGGGAGUGGCAAAACUACAGUUUAUCAGAUUCUGGCUGAUACUCUUGGAACCCUGCAUAAUGCUGGUGAGACAGACCCAAACUAUCAGCCUGUGAAAACAUAUGUACUCAAUCCCAAAUCAAUCACAAUGGGUGAAUUGUAUGGCGAGGUAAACAACACUACAAUGGAGUGGAAUGAUGGGCUUAUGGCACUCAGUGUCCGUGCUGCUGUGAAUGAUGAAACUCAGGAACACAAAUGGAUUAUCUGUGAUGGGCCAGUUGAUGCCCUGUGGAUUGAGAAUAUGAAUACGGUACUUGACGAUAACAAGAUGCUGUGUCUUGCAAACAGUGAAAGGAUUAAACUCACUCCUUAUAUUCAUAUGGUGUUUGAGGUACAAGACCUAAAGGUGGCCUCACCUGCCACUGUUAGCAGGUGUGGAAUGGUAUAUGUUGAUGCAGAGGAACUCAAAUGGAUGCCAUAUGUGAAAACAUGGAUGAAUCGCAUUUCAGGGAAUAUUGCACUUGAAUCACAGCAGCAUCUAAUGGGACUUUUUGAAAGCUGUGUUGAAAAUGGGUUGCACUUUGUCAACAAGAAAUGCACACAGGGAAUCCCUCAAGUCGACAUUAGUAAGGUCACUACUCUCUGCUGCCUUCUUGAAUCUCUGCUUCUGGGAAAUCAUGGUCCAGAUCUCACUCUGGAUGUUUCUCAAUUGAAUAGUCUUAUUACUCAGACAUUUGCCUUUUGCUAUAUUUGGUCUAUUGGAGGAAAUUUAACUGAGAACCAUUGGGACAGCUUUGAUUCAUUUGUGCGUCAUCAGUUUGAAGAUCAUCCUGAGGCCAAGAUUCCAACCUCUGGUGACCUGUGGAACUUCUACAUGGACUUUGAUAACAACCGACUGGACCCAUGGGACAGAAUUAUUCCCAGUUUUAAGUACAAUAGUCAACUGCCAUUUUUUGAGAUGCUUGUUCCCACAACAGACACUGUGCGAUUUGGGUAUCUGUUGGAAAAACUCCUUGAUGUUGAGCACUCUGUUCUUUUCACUGGGACAACUGGAGUGGGCAAGUCUGUGGUUGCACGAAGUUUGUUGACUCAAAUUCAAGAUGAGGCUGGCUAUGUUCCAGUUUACGUUAACUUCUCUGCUCAAACAUCAUCAUCAAGGACACAAGAGAUAAUUGAAUCAAAAUUAGAAAAGAAACGAAAGAACAUAAUUGGUGCUCCAGGGAAUAAAAGAGUUAUUAUUUUUGUGGAUGAUCUUAACAUGCCCAAAUUGGACCGUUAUGGAUCUCAGCCACCUAUUGAGCUUCUUCGACAAUACCAGGACUUUGGUGGAUUCUACGACAGAGAAAAGCUCUUUUGGAAAGAAAUACAGGGUGUUACAAUAGCUGCUGCCUGUGCCCCUCCUGGUGGUGGACGAAAUCCAGUGACUCCUCGUUUUAUAAGACAUUUCAGCAUGUUGUGCCUUCCAACUCCAUCUGAGCAUAGCUUGAAACAGAUUUUUCAGGCUAUUUUGAAUGGAUUUCUGGCUGAGUUUACUCAGGCAGUGAAACACUGUUCCAUUAGUAUUGUGGAAGCAGCUGUUGAGAUCUACCAUCGAAUGAGUGUUGACCUACUGCCUACCCCUGCCAAGUCUCAUUACGUUUUCAAUCUUAGGGACUUGUCAAAAUGCAUACAAGGAAUUCUUCAAUGUAGUCCUGGUACAGUGAGAACUGAAGAACAAAUUUUCCGACUGUUUUGCCAUGAAUGCCAACGAGUUUUCCAUGACCGUCUAAUCAACAGUGAAGACAAGCUUUACUUUAAUAACAUGUUGUGUGAAAUGGCCAACAAACACUUUGCAGUUCAACUGGAACCAAAUUAUUUUACUUCCAAACCAAUUAUUUUUGGAGAUUUCUUGAAGAUUGGAGCAGAGAAAUCAGACCGGCUGUAUGAAGAUUUAAAUAAUUAUGUGAAAGUAAAAUCUGUUCUGCGGGAAUACAUGGAUGACUAUAAUAUGACAAGUUCUAAAGAGAUGAAACUGGUUUUCUUCCAAGAUGCUGUUGAACAUGUUUCUAGAAUUGCUCGUAUGAUUCGCCAAGAACGAGGAAAUGCACUUCUGGUGGGUGUUGGGGGUACAGGCAAACAAUCCCUCACACGAUUGGCUGCUCACAUCUGUAAUUACAAAUGCUUUCAAAUUGAGCUCAGCCGUGGUUAUAACUAUGAUUCAUUCCAUGAGGACCUUCGGUCUCUUUAUAAAUUGGUUGGUGUUGAGGAUAAAGAUACAGUCUUUCUCUUUACUGACACACAGAUAGUAGUAGAGGAGUUUCUAGAAGACAUUAAUAACAUCCUUAACUCAGGAGAGGUCCCAAAUUUGUUUGAGAAAGAUGAGCUUGAGCAAGUCCUCGCAGCCACACGUCCAAAAGCUAAAGAUGCUGGAAUACCGGAAGGAAACAGAGAUGAAGUAUUUCAAUUUUUCAUCAAUCGUGUUCGCCAGAAACUGCACAUUGUGCUGUGCAUGAGUCCUGUUGGCGAUGCAUUUCGAUCUCGAUGUCGUAUGUUUCCAUCCCUGGUAAAUUGCUGUACCAUUGAUUGGUUUGUACAGUGGCCACGGGAAGCUCUUCUUUCUGUAUCAAAAAACUUUUUUGCAACUGUCGACCUUGGCAGUGAUGAAAUGAAGGGUAAAUUUUCUGAAAUGUGUGUACAAGUCCACACCAGUGUGAAUGACAUUGCAGAGCAAUACUAUGCAGAGUUGCGAAGAAGGUAUUACACAACACCCACAUCUUACCUUGAGCUGAUUAAUCUGUACCUGGCUAUGCUGCAGGAGAAACGGAAGGAACUAAUUUCGGCUCGGGAUCGUGUGAAGAAUGGUCUCACUAAAUUGCUGGAGACUAAUGUGUUGGUAGACAAAAUGCAGAUUGAUCUUUCGGCUCUGGAGCCAAUUCUUCAACAGAAAUCAAUUGAUGUAAAUGCUUUAAUGGAAAAAUUGAGUGUGGACCAUGCAGAGGCAGACCAGAUUCGCAGAGUUGUACAGGAGGAUGAAGCUAUAGCCAAGGUAAAAGCUGCAGAGACCCAAGCCAUAGCUGAUGAUGCACAACGAGAUCUUGAUGAAGCUAUGCCAGCGUUGGAUGCAGCAAACAAAGCCCUUGACUCUUUGGACAAAGCAGAUAUAUCUGAAGUCAGAGUAUUCACCAAGCCUCCAGAUCUUGUUAUGACUGUUAUGGAAGCCAUUUGUAUCCUACUUAAUGCAAAAACUGACUGGGCUUCAGCUAAACAAGUUCUUGGUGAUUCAAAUUUCUUGAAAAAACUCAUGGACUAUGACAAAGACAACAUUAAACCACAGAUUCUGCAACGACUUCAGAAAUACAUUAACAAUCCAGAUUUUGUACCUGAAAAAGUAGAGAAAGUGUCUAAAGCUUGUAAGUCCAUGUGCAUGUGGGUGAGAGCCAUGGAUCUGUAUUCCCGAGUUUCUAAAGAAGUCGAGCCAAAACGGAUAAAACUCGCUGCAGCUCAGGCUGAACUGGAUGCCACAUUGGGAACCCUUAAAGAGAAACAAAGCAAGCUACGACAACUUGACCUACAGCUAGAGAAUCUUCAAGAACAGUAUGAUAAUACCAUUGGAGAAAAGGAGGAACUAGCUCGAACAAUGGCCCUGACUCAGGCUCGAUUAGUGCGUGCUGGAAAACUUACAGCCGCGCUUGGAGAUGAACAAAUCCGCUGGCAAGAGAGCAUAAUUCGGUUUGAAGAUGAAAUAUCAAAUAUAAUUGGAAAUGUCUUCAUUGCAGCAGCAUGUGUUGCAUAUUAUGGAGCCUUUACUGCUCAUUACCGACAGAUGCUAAUAGAUCACUGGAUUAAAGGCUGCACGGAACUUGAAAUCCCCAUCAGUGCAAACUUCAGCCUCACUAAUAUCUUAGGUGAUCCCUAUGAGAUUCGCCAAUGGAACACUGAUGGUCUACCACGUGAUAACAUUUCUAUUGAGAAUGGCAUUCUUGUGAAGCGGGGUCAUCGGUGGCCCUUGAUGAUUGAUCCACAGGAUCAGGCAAAUCGCUGGAUAAGGAACAUGGAAACGAAGAAUGGCUUGAAGAUAAUUAAACUGACAGACUCUGGACUCUUGCGCACAUUAGAAAAUGCUAUUCGGCUUGGCAUGCCUGUACUUUUAGAAGAGCUGAGAGAAAGCUUGGACCCAGCCCUGGAACCUAUUCUUCUAAAUCAAACAUUUAUGACAGGUGGCAGGUUACUUAUGCGUUUGGGAGAUACAGACAUUGAUUAUGACAGAAACUUCAAAUUUUACAUGACAACCAAAAUGUCCAAUCCACACUAUCUGCCCGAGGUAUGUAUAAAGGUCACUGUCAUCAACUUCACUGUGACCAAAUCUGGUUUGGAAGAUCAGCUGCUGAGUGAUGUUGUAAGAAUCGAGAAACCUGAACUUGAAGAACAAAGAAAUCAGUUAAUUGUUCAAAUCAACUCUGAUAAAAAUCAGUUGAAAGCUAUUGAAGAUAGAAUCUUGAAGCUGCUUUUUACUUCAGAAGGUAACAUUCUGGAUAAUGAAGAAUUAAUAAACACUCUUCAAGAGUCAAAGGUUACUUCAGGUGCUAUUAAAGUCCGAUUGGAAGAAGCCGAGGCCACGGAACAAAAAAUUAAUUCUGCUCGUGAGAAAUAUCGUCCUGUGGCUGCUCGUGGAUCUGUUAUGUAUUUUGUUGUUGCCAGUUUGUCUGAAAUAGAUCCCAUGUACCAGUUUUCUUUAAAAUACUUCAAACAGUUAUUUAAUACAACCAUUGAAUUAUCUGACAAGACCUAUAACCUGCAGAAACGUCUGAAGAUUCUGUUAAACACAACAUUGUUUGCCAUAUACACUAUUGUUUCCAGAGGCCUCUUCGAACAACACAAACUUGUCUACAGUUUCCUGCUCUGUACAGAGAUCCUACGGCAGGACAAUGAAAUCUCAGAUCCUGAAUGGAACUUUUUCCUCAGGGGAGUGGGAAGCUUGGAAAAGGAAUAUCCUCCAAAACCACCAGAACAUUGGUUGAGAACUGUAACGUGGCACAUAUGUUGUGACCUUGAAGAGACUUUGCCAGGCUUUAAAGGGAUCACAAUAGAAAUACUUGAAACUCCCAUAACUGUCAAAUUAGGACGUCUUGAUCUUAGUAUCAACCCUUCAACUUGGGGAGGUUAUGUGUCAAAAUUACCACCUUAUCCACCAGAUUCUCUGAAAGAAGAUAAUGGAUAUGUUGUCAGAGGACACUGGAAUGAAAGGCUGACAAUGUUUCAGAAACUCAUUUUAAUUAAAUGUUUUAUGGAAGAAAAGGUAGUCUUUGCAAUCACAGACUUUGUCAUAGAAUCUCUUGGGAAAGAAUUUGUAGAAAAUCCUCCUGUUGAUUUAGCUACUCUUUAUCAGGAUAUGUCCAACAACACUCCACUUAUUUUUAUAUUAAGCACUGGUUCAGAUCCUAUGGGAGCAUUCCUAAGAUUCGCAAAAGAAAGGGAUUAUGCUGAAAGGGUGGAGUCUAUUUCCCUGGGACAAGGACAAGGACCUAUUGCUGAAAAACUGAUUAAAGAUGCUCUAAAGACAGGAAACUGGGUUUUUCUUCAAAACUGUCAUCUUGCAGUCUCUUGGAUGUUAACCAUGGAGGAAAUAGUUAAGGCAUUCACAGAACCAAAUGCUGUUAUUCAUGAGAAUUUCAGACUGUUCCUGAGCUCCAUGCCUACUAACACCUUUCCUGUAACAGUUUUACAGAAUUCAGUCAAGGUCACCAAUGAACCUCCAAAAGGACUUCGUGCUAACAUCCGGCGCGCUUUCACAGAGAUUACUCCCACUUUCUUUGAAGAGCAUGUCUUGGGAAGAAAGUGGAGGAGGCUUAUCUUUGGUAUUUGUUUCUUCCAUGCUGUGAUUCAGGAAAGGAAGAAGUUUGGUCCAUUGGGUUGGAACAUCUGUUAUGAGUUCAGUGAUAGUGAUCGUGAAUGUGCCCUUCUCAAUUUAAACCUCUAUUGUCAAGGAGGAAAAAUACCAUGGGAUGCUCUUGUUUAUAUUACUGGUGAGAUCACUUAUGGAGGUCGAGUUACAGAUGCUUGGGACCAACGAUGUCUGCGUACUAUCUUAAAGCGAUUCUUCUCACCCACUAUCUUAGCAGAUGAAUAUAAGUAUUCAUUAUCAGGAAUUUAUUACAGUCCUGAGGUAGACAGUUUGUUGGGAUUUAAAGAGUAUAUUGAAGGCCUUCCCCUAAUCGAUGACCCAGAAAUAUUUGGAAUGCAUGAAAAUGCUAAUUUAGCUUUCCAGCGCAAGGAAACCAGCAACAUGAUACGGACAGUUCUUGCAGUGCAGCCCAAUGUUAUUGCACGUGGAGCUGGCAAAAGCAGUGAUGAAAUUGUUAAUGAAUUAGCAGAUUCCAUUCUAUCAAAACUUCCAGUUAAUCUUGACCUUGAAGUUGCAACUGAAGCACUAUUUGUUAGAGAUAAGAAAGGACGUUUGAAUUCAUUGACCACAGUACUAGAACAAGAAGUUGAUCGUUUUAAUGGUCUCCUGGCCGUGCUAAAAGACUCUUUGGUUAUAUUAAACAAAGCCAUUGCUGGAUUUGUGGUAAUGUCUGAAGAGGUAGAAAAGGUGUACAGCAGCUUCCUGAACAACCAAGUUCCAUCCUUGUGGGCUGAUGCAGCUUAUCCGUCACUCAAACCCUUAGGAUCGUGGGUGAAAGACUUCAUAUUGAGGACAGAGUUUAUAGCGACUUGGAUCAAAUACGGUCAACCAAAGUCCUUCUGGAUUUCAGGAUUCUUCUUUCCACAGGGAUUUCUGACAGGCACACUUCAGAACCAUGCUAGGAAAUACAACCUACCAAUUGAUGAACUUAGCUUUCGUUACAAUGUCCUUCCUGUCUACCGGGAUGCAACAGAAGUCGCUGAAGCUGUCAAAGCUUUAAAAUAUGGAGAGACUCUAUCAAUGGAUGAUUUGUUACCUUCCCCUAAAGAUGGGGUUCUAGUUCAUGGAAUGUACAUGGAUGCUUUUCGCUGGGAUGAUAAACAAAUGGUGAUAGAAGAUUCCUUACCCAAAGUGAUGCAUUCUGUUUUGCCGGUUUUACACUUUGAGCCUGCACAGAAUUAUGAACAAAGUCCAUCACUGUAUCAGGCACCACUCUACAAGACAGCAGCCAGAGCAGGAACUCUCUCAACAACAGGUCAUUCUACAAAUUUUGUUGUAACUGUACUAUUGCCAUCAAAAAGAGAUAGCAACUAUUGGAUCUCGAAAGGAUCUGCUUUGCUUUGUCAGCUGAGCGACUAAACCUUUGACAUUUGUGAAGACCAGAUCACGUGCUUAAGAAUUUAUUUCCA